CUCUCCCAUACAUUAUUCAGAAUGGAGUUUGCCGAAACCCAGCUGGUUAUUACAGCAACGGUCCUGCUCGCCGUAACGGUAGCCGUCAAUGCCUGCCCGCCGUCAGACCGGGAAGCUUUGCUGGCGUUCAAGGCCGCCGUGACCGAGCCCUACUUGGGCAUUUUCAACUCGUGGACGGGCAGCGACUGCUGCGCUAACUGGUACGGCGUCAGCUGCGACCCGGAUAGCAAACGGGUCGCCGACAUAAUCCUCCGGGGAGAAUCGGAGGAUCCGAUUUUCGAGAAAGCCGGCCGGUCCGGUUACAUGACCGGUUCGCUCUCCCCCUCCCUCUGCAAACUCGACCGCCUCACCACCCUCGUCGUCGCCGACUGGAAAGCCAUCUCCGGCGACAUUCCGACGUGCCUCACCUCCCUACCCCACCUCAGAAUCCUCGACCUCAUCGGCAACAAAAUCUCCGGCCCAAUCCCGGUCGACAUUGGCAACCUGAACCGGCUCACCGUCCUCAACCUGGCCGACAAUCAAAUCUCCGGCAGCCUCCCGCCGUCGCUGGCGAAACUCAACAGCCUAAUGCAUUUAGAUCUCAGCAACAACCGCCUCGCCGGAGAAACCCCGACCGACAUCGGAAAACUGUCGAUGAUGAGCCGAGCAUUGCUGAACCGGAACGAGCUGACCGGCCCGAUCCCAACCUCUUUCGCAAAUAUAUACCGGCUGGCCGACCUGGACCUGUCGCAGAACCGUCUGACCGGGUCGAUCCCGGUUCAGAUCGGGUCAAUGCCGGUUUUAUCAACUCUGAACCUAGACAGCAACCGGCUGACCGGGUCCAUACCCGAAACCCUACUUUCUAACUCCGGUUUGAACAUUUUGAACCUGAGCCGGAACGGUUUGGAGGGGAAGCUGCCGGACGUAUUUAGCCCUAAAACGUAUUUUACGGCGAUCGAUUUGUCGUAUAAUAACCUACGGGGUUCGAUUCCGACGACGUUGGCGGCGGCUAAGUUCAUAGGGCAUUUAGAUCUGAGCCAUAAUCAUCUUUGCGGCGCGAUUCCGUCGGGAUCGCCGUUCGAUCAUCUAGAAGCUUCGUCGUUCGCCGACAACGAUUGCCUCUGCGGAAUGCCGUUGCAGACUUGUUGAUUAUUUUAUUAUUAUUAUUAAUUAAUAUAUAAAUAUUGUUUGUUUAUUGUAUGAUCAGUUGAUUACGUUGGGGGGUUUGAUUUGAAUUAUCGUCUUUUUAAAAGUGUUAAAUGUAAUUAAUUAAUAAUUAAUUAAUUAAUUAUAGGUAUGUACGUACGUAUGUUGUAUUGAUAUGGUAAUUAAUGUUGUGUUGGGGGUGAUUAUGGGUAAUGUUGUCCGCGUGGAGUGCACGUGACACUGUCUGCUCUGGGUACUGCUGCUCUCAGUUCAAUAUCUCUCUCUGUGUAUUUCUGUGUUGGAAAGAGCAAAAGCUAAGUGCUCUCUCCAUAGUAAAUGUAAUUAAUUUACUCCCGACCUAAUUUAAAUUAUCUAUUUUACCAUA